AGGCUCGGGCCCUGGCAGGACCGUGAACCUCUGGCCAGCUUGGUUUGGCCACCUGGCCAAGACCAGGUUCUGAGAAGCAAUGAUGAUGAGGGCCUUCGUCCUGUUGGCCGUCUUUGUGGAAGCCUCUGCGAAGUCCUGCACUCCGAAUAAAGCAGAUGUCAUUCUUGUGUUUUGUUACCCAAAAACCAUCAUCACCAAAAUCCCCGAGUGUCCCUAUGGAUGGGAAGUACAUCAGCUGGCCCUGGGCGGGCUGUGUUACAAUGGGGUCCAUGAAGGAGGAUACUACCAAUUUGUAAUCCCAGAUUUGUCACCUAAAAACAAGUCCUAUUGUGGAACCCAGUCCGAGUACAAGCCCCCCAUCUACCACUUCUACAGCCACAUUGUUUCCAAUGACAGCACGGUGAUCGUGAAGAACCAGCCCGUGAACUACUCCUUCUCCUGCACCUACCACUCCACCUACUUGGUGAACCAGGCUGCCUUUGACCAGAGAGUGGCCACUGUUCACGUGAAGAACGGGAGCAUGGGCACAUUUGAAAGCCAAUUGUCUCUCAACUUCUACACUAAUGCCAAGUUCUCCAUUAAGAAAGAAGCCCCUUUUGUCCUGGAGACAUCUGAAAUCGGUUCAGACCUGUUUGCAGGAGUAGAAGCCAAAGGGCUGAGCGUUAGGUUUAAAGUGGUUUUGAACAGUUGCUGGGCCACACCCUCGGCUGAUUUCAUGUAUCCCUUGCAGUGGCAGCUGAUCAACAAGGGCUGCCCCACGGAUGAAACGGUCCUGGUGCAUGAGAACGGGAAAGAUCACAGGGCGACCUUCCAAUUCAACGCCUUCCGGUUCCAGAACAUCCCCAAGCUCUCCAAGGUUUGGUUACACUGUGAGACGUUCAUUUGCGACAGCGAGAAGCUCUCCUGCCCAGUGACUUGCGACAAGCGGAAGCGCCUCCUCCGGGACCAGACAGGGGGCGUCCUGGUCGUGGAGCUCUCCCUCCUCAGCAGGGGAUUCUCGAGUCUCUAUAGCUUCUCAGAUGUUCUCUACCACCUCGUCGUGAUGCUGGGGAUCUGUGCUGUGUUAUAGGAGCCAGGCAGGCAGCUGCAGCUUCUCCGUCCAAGGUCAUCUCCGUGGAUGACACACUCAACAUUUUCUGUGCUGCCAAAAAGCACACACAGAAG